AUGUUCUCAAAGAAGAUAGUAAACAUAAACCCCAAACCUUUCUUAUGUUCUGAAUGUGGAAAAUGUUUUAGUCAACAUUCAAAACUUGUUACACAUCAGAGAUCUCACACAGGAGAGAAACCAUUCUCAUGUUCUGAAUGUGGAAAAUGUUUUGCCUACAAUGCAGAGCUUGUCCGUCAUCAGAGAACUCACACAGGAGAGAAACCAUUCUCAUGUCCUGAAUGUGAAAAAUGUUUUGCCACCAAUGCAAGUCUUGUCUGUCAUCAGAGAACUCACACAGGAGAGAAACCGUUCUCAUGUUCUGAAUGUGAAAAAUGUUUUGCCACCAACGCAAGUCUUGUCUGUCAUCAGAGAACUCACACAGGAGAGAAACCGUUCUCAUGUCCUGAAUGUGGAAAAUGUAUACUGCGACAUGCAGAUCUUGUCAGUCAUCAGAGAACUCAUACAGGAGAGAAACCAUUCUCGUGUUCUGAAUGUGAAAAAUGUUUUUUCACCAAUGCAAGGCUUGUCCGUCAUCAGAGAACUCACACAGGAGAGAAACUGUCCUCGUGUUCUGAAUGUGGAAAAUGUUUUAGUCAACAUUCAAAUCUUGUAAGACAUCAGAGAACUCACACAGGAGAGAAACCAUUCUCAUGUUCUGAAUGUGAAAAAUGUUUUGUCACCAACAACGACCUUGUCCGUCAUCAGAGAACUCACACAGGAGAGAAACCGUUCUCUUGUCCUGAAUGUGGAAAAUGUAUAAUGCGACAUUCAGAUCUUGUCAGUCAUCAGAGAAUUCACACAGGCGAGAAACCAUUCUCGUGUUCUGAAUGUGAAAAAUGUUUUUUCACCAAUGCAAGGCUUGUCCGUCAUCAGAGAACUCACACAGGAGAGAAACUGUCCUCGUGUUCUGAAUGUGGAAAAUAUUUUACCUACAAAGCAGACCUUGUCCGUCAUCAGAGAACUCACACAGGAGAAAAACCUUUCUCAUGUUCUGAAUGUGGAAAAUGUUUUAGUCAACAUUCACAACUUGUUACGCAUCAGAGAUCUCACACAGGAGAGAAACCAUUCUUGUGUUCUGAAUGUGAAAAAUGUUUUGUCACCAACAACGACCGUGUCCGUCAUCAGAGAACUCACACAGGAGAGAAACCGUUCUCAUGUCCUGAAUGUGGAAAAUGUUUAGGUCGACAUUCAGAUCUUGUCAAUCAUAAGAGAAGUCACACAGGAGAGAAACCGUUUUCAUGUUCUGAAUGUGAAAAAUGUUUUUUAAACAAAGCCAUCCUUGUCCGACAUCAGAGAACUCACACAGGAGAGAAACCGUUCUCAUGUUCUGAAUGUGCAAAAAAUUUUUACACAAAUGCAGGGCUUGUCCGUCAUCAGAGAACUCACACAGAAGAGAAACCGUUUUCGUGUUCUGAAUGUGGAAAAUGUUUUGUCAACAACGCAGAGCUUGUCCGUCAUCAGAGAACUCACACAGGAGAGAACCGUUCUUGUGAUCUGAAUGAGAACAAUAGACAUUUGUACCAGUGA